AUGAGAGACACAGAGGGGAUAGGACAGAAGGGUAAGCAGAUGUUCUUUUCCCCCACGCGCUUCCCCUCAUCGCCCUCACUUCCCCCAAAUUGUUGCCCCCUGUCUCUGUUUUUCCCAACCUCCCGUUCUCCCACCAGCCCUGCUUCCCCCUUUGCCCUGCUCCCUCCCAUCCCCUUCCCUGCUUCUCCCCAUCCGCUUCCCUGCUUCUCCCCAUCCCCUUCCCUGCUUCCCCCCAUCCCCUUCCCUGCUUCCCCCCAUCCCCUUCCCUGCUUCCCCCCAUCCCCUUCCCUGCUUCCCCCCAUCCGCUUUCAUGCUUCUCCCCAUCCGCUUCCCUCCUCCCCCCCAUCCCCUUCCCUGCUUCCCCCCAUCCCCUUCCCUGCUUCCCCCCAUCCCCUUCCCUGCUUCCCCCCAUUCGCUUCUCUGCUUCUCCCCAUCCCCUUCCCUGCUUCCCCCCAUCCCCUUCCCUGCUUCCCCCCAUCCGCUUCUCUGCUUCUCCCCAUCCCCUUCCCUGCUUCCCCCCAUCCCCUUCCCUGCUUCCCCCCAUCCCCUUCCCUGCUUCCCCCCAUCCCCUUCCCUGCUUCCCCCCUUCCGCUUCCCUGCUUCUCCCCAUCCCCUUCCCUGCUUCCCCCCAUCCCCUUCCCUGCUUCCCCCCAUCUGCUUCCCUGCUUCUCCCCAUCCCCUUCCCUGCUUCCCCCCAUCCCCUUCCCUGCUUCCCCCCAUCUGCUUCCCUGCUUCUCCCCAUCCCCUUCCGUGUCUCCGUGUUACCCGUUUCCCUGUCCCUUUUCCCUGUGUCUCCCACCCUCUGUUCUGCUUCCUUCAUCCUUGCACACCUUACCGCCUGCCCACCUUACCACCUCAAAUCCUUCCCUUCUCAUCUUGCGCUGGGGUACGACGUGA